AUGCGGUCCGUCUUCUACAAGGACGCUUACACGGGAAUUCGUCAGGUCGAGAAAGACCUCAAUGUGGCUCGCAACAAUUACGUCCACAUACAGAUGAUGAACACAAACUGGGGCUCCGGGAAUCCGGUCGAGUUCUUGAGCGACACCUAUUUCACCGCAUUCGAUGAUCACCGUUAUUUGAAGUGGUCGACGAGCGUUUCUGUCUCGCAUCAGAGCUAUAUCUCAACUUCUUGCAAAGAUAACCGCAACUCAGAUGCCGCUGGGCCUACCAUAGUUGGCGAGUGGAGUAUCGCAGUGCCAGACAACGUUGAAUCGACGGAUGGGUGGAGCCCAAGCAAGCAGAAAGCCUUCUACAAGAAGUGGUUUGCUGCUCAGGUUUACUCUUACGAGGAAUGGACUGCAGGCUGGGUUUUCUGGACGUGGAAGACCGCGCUUGGCGAUGACUACCGGUGGUCCUACAAAGCCGCCGUUGCUGCCGGUGUCAUUCCGAAGGACUUGAACACUAUUGCCACUUCUGGUGUUUGUGGAUAA